GAGGAACAUGGCGCCGCCUCCUUCUCCUCCCGCGGCCGCCGCUGGACCCUCGCCGCCCCGCCCAGGCAGCCCGGCCCGGGCCCGACGCCCACCCGGAGGAAAUGCUGCCCAUCCCGUUGUGAGAAUUGGUGACAACUGAGCUGCUUGCUGGCGCAGUCAACAUGGGAACAGCCGUCUUUGUUGCCCCGGUGAUCAUCCGUCCGGAUUGCAAAUAGUCUCCCAACUGUUCUUCUUUUUCUUCUUUUUUUUGAGAUUGCACUCGGGUCCAGAAGACACGAAUACUCUAGGAAGCGGCCGAGCGUGGCAGGAUGUUUGGACGAUGAUGAUGGCAAGGAAGCAAGAUGUCCGCAUUCCCACCUACAACAUCAGCGUGGUGGGAUUGUCUGGAACGGAGAAAGAGAAGGGGCAGUGCGGCAUUGGGAAGUCCUGUCUUUGCAAUCGUUUUGUACGCCCCAGGGCGGAUGACUUCCACUUGGACCACACUUCGGUCCUCAGUACGAGUGACUUUGGAGGCAGGGUUGUUAACAAUGACCACUUCCUGUACUGGGGGGAAGUGGUACGUUCCUUGGAGGACUGUGUGGAAUGUAAAAUGCACAUUGUGGAACAGACCGAAUUUAUCGACGACCAGACUUUUCAGCCUCAUCGCAGCACAGCCCUGCAGCCCUACAUCAAAAGGGCAGCUGCAACCAAACUCGCAUCGGCUGAAAAGCUCAUGUACUUUUGCACAGAUCAGCUGGGGCUGGAGCAAGACUUUGAGCAGAAACAGAUGCCGGACGGGAAGUUGCUGGUAGAUGGCUUUCUUCUCUGCAUCGACGUCAGCAGGGGGAUGAACCGGAGCUUCGACGAUCAGAUCAAGUUUGUCUCGAACCUGUACAAUCAGCUCACGAAAACGAAAAAGCCCAUCGUGGUGGUCUUGACCAAGUGCGACGAAGGCGUGGAGCGGUACAUUCGAGACGCGCACACUUUUGCCUUAAGCAAGAAGAACCUCCAGGUGGUGGAGACGUCCGCCAGAUCCAAUGUGAACGUCGACUUGGCUUUCAGCACUUUGGUGCAGCUGAUUGACAAGAGCCGGGGGAAGACUAAAAUUAUUCCUUACUUCGAGGCUCUGAAGCAACAGAGCCAACAGAUUGCCGCCGCGAAAGAUAAGUACGAGUGGCUGGUGAGCCGCAUCGUCAAAAACCACAACGAGACUUGGUCAAACGUCUCGCGGAAGAUGCAGUCCUCCCCGGAGUAUCAGGAUUACGUGUAUCUGGAAGGGACACAGAAAGCCAAGAAGCUCUUCCUGCAGCAUAUCCAUCGCCUCAAACAAGAGCAUAUAGAGCGCCGGAGGAAAAUGUACCUGGCCACGCUGCCUCUCGCUUUUGAUGCCCUCAUUCCAGAUCUGGACGAGAUAAAUCAUUUGAGUUGCAUCAAAGCGGAGAAGCAGUUGGAGACGAAGCCGGACUUCUUAAAGUGGUUUGUCGUUCUUGAGGAGACUCCCUGGGAUACUACCAGCCACGUAGACAACAUGGAAAAUGAACGCAUCCCGUUUGACCUGAUGGAAACCUUGCCCGCCCAGCAGCUCUACGAAGCCCACCUAGAAAAGUUGAGGAAUGAGAGGAAGAGGGCGGAAAUGAGGAGGGCUUUCAAGGAGAAUUUGGAGACGUCCCCUUUCAUAACGCCAGGGAAGCCUUGGGAAGAGGCACGCAGCUUCAUCAUGAAUGAAGACUUCUACAUGUGGCUCGAAGAGUCUGUUUACAUGGACAUUUAUGGUAAGCAUCAAAAGCAAAUCAUAGAUAAGGCAAAAGAGGAGUUUCAAGAGCUGCUUCUGGAAUACUCCGAACUGUUCUAUGAGCUGGAGCUCGAUGCCAAACCCAGCAAGGAGAAAAUGGGGGUCAUCCAGGAUGUGCUGGGUGAAGAGCAGAGAUUCAAAGCCUUGCAGAAGCUGCAAGCUGAACGAGACGCUCUGAUUCUGAAGCACAUUCAUUUUGUGUAUCACCCGACAAAAGAAACCUGCCCCAGUUGUCCAGCUUGCAUAGAUGCUAAAAUAGAGCACUUGAUAAGCUCCCGGUUUAUCAGGCCGUCUGAUCGCAACCAGAAAAACUUGCUUUCAGAUUCAAAUAUCGAUAGAAUCAAUCUGGUGAUUCUUGGUAAAGAUGGACUUGCCCGGGAGCUAGCCAAUGAGAUUCGAGCUCUUUGCACAAACGAUGACAAGUACGUGAUAGAUGGGAAAAUGUAUGAGCUGUCCUUGAGACCGAUAGAGGGUAAUGUCAGGCUUCCUGUUAAUUCUUUCCAGACACCAACAUUUCAGCCCCAUGGUUGCCUCUGCCUUUAUAACUCUAAGGAAUCUCUGUCUUACGUUGUUGAGAGUAUUGAAAAGAGUAGGGAGUCGACUCUAGGCCGAAGGGACAACCACUUAGCUCAUCUUCCCCUUACUCUGAUACUGGUGAACAAAAGAGGCGAUACCAGUGGCGAAACACUACACAGCUUAAUACAGCAAGGGCAGCAGAUUGCCAGCAAACUGCAGUGUGUCUUCCUGGACCCUGCUUCUGCUGGUAUUGGAUAUGGGCGCAACAUCAAUGAAAAGCAAAUCAGUCAGGUCCUCAAAGGCUUGCUGGACUCCAAGCGCAACCUAAACCUCAUGAGCUCAAUUGCGAGCAUUAAAGAUCUGGCUGACAUCGACCUUCGAAUUGUCAUGUGCUUGUUGUGUGGAGAUCCGUUUAACGCAGAGGACAUCCUCCUGCCCAUUCUCCAGUCCCAAACCUGUCGGCCUUCCCAGUACGGAAGCGGCAACGCUGUGUUACUUGAACUUCCGGUCGGACCUCACAAGAAGCGCAUCGAGCUGUCUUUGCUUUCAUACCAUUCCUCGUUUAGCAUUAGGAAAACCUGGUUGGUCCACGGUUACAUUUUGUUUUAUUCAGCUAAACGUAAAGCGUCCUUGGCUAUGUUACGUGCCUUUCUUUGCGAAGUGCAGGACAUUAUCCCCAUUCAGCUAGUUGCUCUCACUGAUGGCUCCAUAGAUGUCCUAGACAACGAUUUAAGUAGAGAGCAGCUAACAGAGGGAGAGGAGAUCGCCCAGGAUAUAGACGGAAAGUUUACAACCAUACCUUGUAGUCAUCCUCAACAUAAACUAGAGAUUUUUCACCCGUUUUUCAAGGAUGUGGUGGAGAAAAAAACCAUCAUUGAGGCCACUCAUAUAUACGAUAAUGCAGCGGAAGCCUGCAGUACAACUGAAGAAGUAUUUAAUUCGCCCCGAGCUGGCUCCCCUCUGUGUAAUUCAAACCUUCAGGAUUCGGAAGAGGACAUUGAGCCUCCGACCUACAGCCCGUUCAGAGAGGAUACAUCUAUGCCCACUUUGUCCAAAGAUCUUUCUAAACUUUCUAUGGAACUGGAGGGGAACGAUGGGCUUUCCGUCUUUAACGUUAUGAGCACUUUUGAAAGCAAACUGAACAACAAAGUACCUCCGCCAGUGAAACCAAAGCCCCCUGUCCACUUUGAUAUCGCAAAGGGGGAUCUCUCUUAUUUGGAUCAAGGGCAUCGGGAUGGACAGAGGAAGUCUGUGACCUCCAGUAGCUGGCCUCCCACGGAUGGCUUCGACCCUUCCGACUACGCAGAGCCAAUGGACGCAGUAGUAAAGCCGAGGAACGAGGAAGAAAACAUCUACUCCGUGCCUCACGACAGCACCCAAGGCAAGAUCAUCACCAUCCGUAAUAUCAACAAAACCCAUUCCAACGGGAGUGGGAAUGGCUCGGAUAGCGAAAUGGAUACAAGCUCGCUUGAGCGCGGCCGGAAGAUGUCCACCAUUAGCAAACCGGUGUUGUAUCGGACAAGGUGCUCGCGGCUUGGGAGGUUUGCCAGUUACAGGACCAGUUUUAGUGUUGGGAGCGAUGACGAGCUGGGGCCCAUCAGGAAGAAAGAGGAGGACCAGACCUCUCAAGGAUAUAAGGGAGAUAACGCUAUCAUUCCAUACGAAACGACUGAUGAAGAUCCAAGGAAAAGGAACAUCUUGCGCAGCUUGAGGAGGACCACAAAGAAACCAAAGCCUAAGCCUCGGCCGUCCAUCACGAAGACGACGUGGGAGAGCAACUAUUUCGGGGUGCCUUUGACCAGCGUGGUGACAGCAGAGAAACCCAUUCCCCUUUUUAUUGAGAGAUGUAUCGAGUACAUUGAAGCAACAGGUCUAAGUACAGAAGGUAUCUACCGGGUGAGCGGAAACAAGUCUGAGAUGGAGAGCUUACAGCGACAGUUUGAUCAAGAUCACGGCCUGGACUUUGCAGAGAAGGACUUCACUGUGAACGCCGUCGCCGGAGCCAUGAAGAGUUUCUUCUCGGAGCUGCCUGAGCCCCUGGUUCCCUACAACAUGCAGAUCGAGCUGGUGGAAGCUCACAAGAUCAAUGACCGAGAGCAGAAGCUGCACGCCCUGAAAGAGGUGCUGAAGAAAUUUCCGAAGGAGAACUACGAAGUCUUCAAAUACGUCAUCUCUCAUUUGAACAAGGUGAGCCACCACAGCCGCGUCAACCUGAUGACGAGCGAGAACCUGUCCAUCUGUUUCUGGCCCACCCUGAUGCGGCCCGACUUCAGCACGAUGGACGCCCUGACGGCCACCCGCAUCUACCAGACAAUCAUCGAACUCUUCAUCCACCAGUGCCCCUUCUUCUUCUACAAUCGGCCCAUCGCCGAGCCUCCCGGCGCCAUGCCCGGCUCUCCCUCCGCCCUCCCCGCCGGCCCCCCUUUCCUCUCCUCCACGCCCGGGAUGGCCCACCCCUCUCCCCCGCAAACGCCUCCCCCGUCCCCGCAGUCCCCCCUCCAGCCCCUGCUCCCGCCCCAGCUUCAAGCCGAGCAGCACACACUGUGAAACCUCCCGAGCGGCAGGAAACGGAGGCCUGCUCCUCUUCUCGCCCGCCGAACGGAGACUGGAAACUUGGUCCCGGUGCCCGUCGGCCCCUCUUUUCCCUCACCCGGGGCGUCGGACCCCCGCGGAGCCUCGGUUCCGUCUCAGUGCCUGGCACAGAAGGGCCCGCUGGGGUCGGCAACACCUUUUGGACAUCGCCCCGGGCAGCUAGAGGUCACGGGCCUCUCUUUGGACGCUGGACCCUGUUGGGUUGGGAUGCGCUCGGACCCACGUCAUCCCGGAGCCCUGCUGCCGAGUCCAGCCGGGAGACUACAAUCUGAGGUUGCGGAUGGAUGCUUGGGAACUCCCCCCCCUUCCUCCCCCCCCCCCAUGCAUGAACCGUGGGCCUGAUAGAUGGAACCCCCUCCUCUCUCAAAAAAAACAAAACGAAAC